UUCUUGAGUCGUAAACAUAAUUAAAACUAAUUUAACGUUUGACAUAGCGUUUUUAUUAUCAUUAUAAUAUUAUUACCAAUGUGUCGAAUACUGCACAGUUUUCAUAGUGAACGAAAAUUAUUGUAUAUUUGAUUGAUACAUUAUUAUGGCACUUGUAUUAACGUCGAAAAAUUUGGAUAUUUCAUUAGAACUAACAAUCGUGAUAAGAAUGUAGCCAGGUAGCUGCGAAAGCAUAAAACAAUUGAUAUACACAGUCUUUGGUUUCAAAAUGGCUGUAUUCUUGAUGCUAAUCCUAUAUUCCGACCUUUUUAUUAUACAUUUAUUUGUUAUUGUCUAUUUGAACAGGUGAGGAAACGUUAACGAACUUUAAUUUGGCUUAGCUUAAUGAAGCAUUCAACUUAAAAGGAUCUAUCAAAUAAGUCGAUUACAAAUUUAAGUUAAUUACAAAGACAAUGUAUGGUAGGGUUCUAAUUACAUUCUGCACGUUUUCGACUUUAAUUCAUGAAUGAUUAGUUAAUUUAUAUUUAAAUUAGUUUCUUACUAAUCAUAUUGUUGCGAUAUGCUUAUGAUUAGGAAAUAUAUGACCAUAAUACAACAGUCGAAAAACGAAUUGGCCAUUAGUUUGUCCAGCAGUGGAGAUCUAUUAGUUGAUGAGGAUGCUGAUAACUGUCAUAUGUAUAUUUGUAGACGAGUUCACAGCCCACGUAGCUAUUGGAGUCCAUACAUGCAACAGUAGUAAUGUCUUCAUCGAUCUUCCCCUUUUCAAGGAGCAAUGAAGAAACACGUAAAUUAAAAAAAGCUAAAGCCGAUACAGUCGAGCAAAUUAAAUAUAUGUAUAAGCCAUUCCAUAAAUUCACAGGUGACAAUUGUGAGACCAACGUCAACGAGUGCGAAUCAAAUCCUUGCCUGAACAAUGGCACGUGCAUCGACCUAACUAACGGAUACAUGUGCUCGUGCGUGCCCGGAUUCUCAGGGGAGUACUGUGAACUGGACGUUGCCAUGUGCAACUCCACUGAAGUCCGCUGUUACAACGGCGCCGAGUGUAUCGAGGGACCCGGCUAUAAAUUCUAUUGCAAAUGCUCAUCCGGAUGGGCGGGCGCUAAAUGUGAUGAACAAAUCGACGAGUGCCAAUCUAAUCCUUGUCAGAAUGGCGGAGUAUGUAUUGAUGUUCAUGACGACUACAUGUGCGCUUGUACUUAUGGAUACACGGGAAAAAGUUGCGAGGUACAAAUAGAAUUCUGUGAUGAAAAUUCAUGCAGCAAUGACGCAUUGUGUGUUGUCGAAGACGGCAUUCGAGUGUGCUAUUGCGUCCCGGACUACCACGGGGAACGUUGUGAGCUGCAAUAUGACGAAUGCUUAUUAGGACCUAGAUGUAUGAAUGGAGGAACUUGCAUAGAUGGUAUCGAUAACUUUACAUGCUCGUGUCCGCCCAGGCUAACUGGAACUCUGUGCGAAUGCCUAAUCCUUGACAACAAUACUAAAGAUUGUGACUAUGUAAGUCCAACGCCAACACCCGAAGUUACACAAUCCAUUUUAACAUCAAUAAUAAAAGAAGAAUUUACAACAGAAAAUAACAAUAUCUCCUUUGGUACAUUGGUAACGAAAUCAUGGACUGCUACAACGGGGGAAUAUCAAACGUCUAGUGUUUUUAUAACAAAUCCAACAACGGAUGCCGUAACUGGAACUGAUCUAUACAGUUCAACGAACGUAGAUCGUGAAACUACUACUGUUGGUCUAACCACAAAUUAUGUCACUGAGAGUUUUGAUCGCGAAGAGACUAAGCCGACUUUAGAGAUAGAUGAUUCAAAGAUCGAAACGACCUCAGUGGCCGUUGACAGUUGCCAAGAAACCACAACAAGGAACAUGUCAUUCGAAAUGACUUUUCCAACAGAAAUGACUCCGGCUUAUAUCUCUACGAGUAGAGGAAGCACAGUGAUAGCUCUUCCGACGACAGAGACUACAGCUUGGACUGAAGAACAAACAAGUUUGAAGGACUUAACAGCAGAGACAACGUCCACGCCAAAGACAGAUGUAACUACAGAGAAAAUGUUCACAGAUACUCCCACGGAGCAUGCGACCACAGAAUUGCCAACACCCAUCGUAUUCAGCACUAGUACUGAAUCAAUGGAAACAACUUCUGAAAGCGUUUCUCAAACUACUGCGCUUUCGGAAUGCUCUGAUUCGGUGUGUAACGAUCGCGGUACUUGCGUUAAUACUCCGCAUGGAUUUCGAUGCCACUGCAAUUUCAAAAAUUCCGGGAAAUUUUGCGAGGACACGAUCUCAAUUGUUUCGGCCGCUUUCGGUGGCAGCUCGUACGUCGCUCACAAGAUACGCAACAGCACCUCGUUCAGGAUCGCUUUCAGCGCUAGGACUUUAAUAAAGGACGGGCAGGUCAUGUCCGUUGACAUUGCCAACGGGGUUUACAUGCAGCUGUACAUAAAUUCGGGAUUACUCAAAUUUAAAUUCUCCUGCGGCUAUCAAACCAUGCUGCUGAGUGAACUAAAGACGUACGUCAACAAUGGAUUUCCUAUGAAAAUUGAGACGAGAUUGGAUUUAUACCUCAAAGAGCAGCACUGUAAUGCGACAUUACGUCUCAACGAUACGGUGGCAAUGAGCGGGGGACAGGUCGCGAACAUUUCGACUCUACAUCAAAACGCAACUCUACAUUUAGGAAAUUCACCUGAAAUCCGAGACUCGGAAACGAAGCCGUUCAUGGGAUGCAUCAAGGAUUUAAUGGUAAAUGGCGAGAGCCGUGACGUAUUCAGUGCGGCGUAUGAUGGCGCUGACGUCAAAGAAUGCGUAUCGCUGUCUUGCCUCUCGUCGCCUUGCCUCAACGGCGGCUCUUGCAAAGAAGAGUCUUCAGUGGAAGGGGGCUACACUUGUUCGUGUGCUAACGGUUGGCUUGGCGAUCAGUGCGAUAUUUCCGUUUGCGAGAACAAUCCAUGUCAAGCUGGAGGCAGCUGCGUCCGACACCCCGGCAGCGGCUUCCUCUGUCUCUGUCCUUACGGGAAACAUGGAAUCUUCUGCGAAUACAAUGUAGCAAUAACUCGGCCGUCCCUAGCUCCGAUCAGUUCGGGCGUCUCCUCGUACCUCGUGUACCCAUUGUCUCCGGCCGCUAUGAAUUCGGACCGAUUCGACCUUCGGCUACGCUUUCAAACGCCCGAUAUGGACCAAAUAGCUUUAUUAGCUUUUGUAGGGCAGAACGGCAAGCACGAUUCGAAAAGUCAACAUCUGGCCUUGACUUUUGUUAAAGGGUAUAUUAUGCUGUCUUGGAACAUGGGAAACGGUGCGCGUCGCGUGUUCACGUCCCGCGCGCUGACCCCCCGGCGCGGCGGGCACGCGGUGCGGGCGUGGCGCCGGGGCCGCGCCGCCGGACUCUCCGUGGACGCCAGACUCAACGCCACCGGGAACGCGCCCGCCUCGCACGACAAGAUGACUCUGCUGCCGUAUCUUUAUAUCGGGGGCCAUCCGUCUGAAGGCUUCAGAGACCUCCCGCACGACUUACCGUUGCACAACGGCUGGCGGGGCUGUAUUUGGGACGUGGGGGGCCAGGCGGCGGGCGGUGGGGUGGCGGGGGGCCGCGGCGUGGGACAGUGUGGGGUCGCGCAGUGUACCGCCAAGUCCUGUAACUCUCCUAGGGGGGUCUGCAUACAUUCGCCUGCAACCUAUGGAUGUAUCUGCAACGAAGGCUCGUACGGUGCUACUUGCUCUAGUGCCCGCAACCCUUGCGACCGUCUCGUCACCAAGUGUCGGGGGCGGUGUGUCGUGACGGCUGACGACCGCGCUCACUGCGACUGCCCUUACGGAAAAGCUGGAGUUAACUGCGAUCAAGAUUUAUACCCGACAGACGUCCUAUUCACGGGUGUGAGGUCGUACGUCAAACUGUAUCCUCGUGCAUUGACGAGUGUCAGCGUGUCGCUGGAGGUGGAAAUCAAACCGAACCGAGAACGAGGCCUGGUGGUAUUUGCGAAUACACCGCAUUUCUUUACGGCCUUGUCUUUACAAGGGGGACUGCUGGAGUACCGUUGGACUGAUCGCGUGUCGGGCCUAACCUCGCUGGUCCGUAGCGGCGCGGUCCUGACCAUGUCCCAGUGGCACAGCGUGAAGGCCGGCCGGUACGGCAGCCGCCUGUACGUGUGGGUGGACGGAACUCUCAGUACCGAGGCGAUGUUGGCUCACGCCUACCCCCACACGAUGGCCAACGCCACCAUAUUAUUAGGAGGAGCUAGGGAUCUGUCUACAUUACCAUUCGAAACCAUGUCCGGUCCACUCGAGGCGUUUACUGGUUGUAUAAGAAAUUUUCACGUCAACAACGUUUUGUUACACUUAGAACAGCAUAAUAUUAGAGCUGCUCAGAACGUGUUGGACUGCGACGGCACCGCGUGCGGCGCCGAGGCGUGUCCGGGGGGGUGCGUGGUGGAGCGCGGGGGUGCGCGCUGCCGACGUCACGCGGCGCCGCGCUCCGACUGCGUGCACGCCGCCUGCCACCACAAAAUCAACAUAUCCAUACCGCAGUUCGAUGGCACCUCACUGAUAUCCCUGUCUCGACAACUGACUCGGCGAGACAACGAACAAAGACUAUUCUCUGGCUACACUAGACCUGACCACGUCUCACUGAAUUUCACUACGGCCGAAUACGACGGACUUCUGCUUUGGGCCGUAACGGAUUCGGACUAUAUCGGUUUAGGACUCGAAAAGGGCUACCUCAAGCUCACCUACUCUCUCCAGUUAGGGACAUGUGACUCGGCUAUUGUACAAAAUUCGCCAACAUUUUUUUCAAAAUCGAUUCCGCACGUCGGCUUCCUCGCUGACGGAGAAUGGCACACAAUAAUCCUCAAAAUGAGAAGAGAGAAUAUAACUGUUACAGUUGAUGAAACGCAAGCGUAUUUUGUAGAGCCAGGGAUUUUAAACCAUGAAAAAGAUACAGAAUUGUUUAUUGGUGGCGUUACUGAAGAGAAUCCUAUGGCCAAAAAAAUGUUUCCGAACAAUUUAAAAGGUUGCAUAGACAACAUAUCAACGAAAGAAAACAGUUAUAUCAACAACUUUACCGAAGUUUACAGCAAAAAUAUCAAGUCCUGCCAAUUAUUCCCUCCGACUUAAGUAAUUUUAUAAUAAUGUUUUUAGUAAAUAAUCGUGUGUGCAAUUUAGUCAAUUGUUGUUGUUGUAGGCGAACGCGUGAGUUUUUCGAUUGUAUUUUUGAAUGUGGAGUGAAUAACUCACAGUACAAAUUAAUCUAGUCCUAUAAAGUGCGCAGAACUGACAGAACUGGAACGUAAUACUUGCGUGGAACAGGCAUAUAUUCCCUUAUACUAAAAUAAUUGAAAUUUAAAACCCAUUUUUCAAUACUUAAAUUGUUGUGUCUAUGGGAACAGUAGCCAAUGAGUGCGGAACUCGAUUUGUGGCUUAAUUAUGGAGGGUAGAGGUAAGGAGAACCGUCUCAUAUGGGAGAAACUUGAAAAAGUGUCCCACUUUCAGCACUAAAUAACAGUUCAAAAAUUCUCCAGAAUGGCGCUAGCAUAGGCACAGGGUAUGAUAUGAAUUGAGCAGUCGUUAACUGAUUGGAGUAUCCUGAGUUAGUUAAUUUAAUAUAUUUAAUGACUAGAGUAGUUAGUGACAGUGUAAUAUACAAGACCUCACAUGUUUACGUAGUUCAAAGUAAUUUCAUCAAUAUAACUUAAAAUGAUUGCUGUGUUAAAACGUGGAGACAUCGAUUGCAUUUUCUUAUCAGCUUUAAAUAAAAUACUUUUUGUGAUUUUGUGGUGCUUACAGUUCUUUCGUCCUUUUUUAUUUCUCUAUCUUAUUCUAAUAACUAUCAGCGCCUUUUUUUAAAUUUACCCGGUUGCUACUGUAGCGCCACCCUUAUUUAGCAGAUUUUAACGAACACUUUUUUACACACAGAUGGUUCUCCUUACCUCUACCCUCCAUAGGCUUAAUAUUACAAGCUUCAAGUUUAAAUCGAUGAUAAUUUUAGCUUUUCAAGUUAUAUUUGUUAAUGAUGUAUUUAUUAAAUUACAGAUGGGAUUACUUUUAAGAAUUUAAAUUUAAUUAAUUAAACGUAAUUAAAUUCCCUAAAUAUUUGUUUAAAGCUACAAGAUAAAGAUUAAAAAAUACUCACGAAUCCGUAUGUAUGGGAAGGAUUUUUGCGUAAAAUAGUAGAAUUAGGUUCUCAUUGUUGUAAUCAUGAUUUAAUUUAGGGGUGAGCGUUAAAAACUUAUGACCAACAAAAUAGGACAAUUUUGUUAUUCUGCGUCGAAACUAUAUAGUUGUCGUUGUGAUGAAAAUAUUUGUCUUUGCUUUUUAUUUUAUUUAUAAUUUUUUAAGGUUAAGAUUAAGUCCAUCUUUAAUUACAUUGUGUAUCGAAAAUCUUACACCGAACGAUUGUCAUUACUAUGUAGAUUAAUGAUCCAAAUGUUAAUCGGAACUUUCAAGUUUUUGUCAAACGUCAACUAUUAUUUUAUGAGAGGGUAGGUAUCAUUAGACGCUCCGUAUUUUGUCCGCACUGGGAUAUUAGCUAGCAAGUGCCAGUGUUACUCAGUUUUCAACGAGUUGAGACUGAGCUUCCGCGCUGCGUCACAUGCAGGGCUGCCACGUCGGAGAUAUGUGACUGUUAUUUUCUGAUCAUACGACUUCAAGAACAGCUGUGUCGCAGAGUACCGUGCGACCAUAAGCAACCACUUACAUAGGUAGUUUUAACGUACGCUCAUAUCACUAGAUCGAACGAUAACUAGAUACUUCGAGAUCAUUCUCUAACGACCUCCAGUUCUAUCUGCGUUUUACUCAAAUACGAACUGGUUAUUUUGUUUGUUUCGUUUUAACAUUCCGUUAUUGUUAUAGAAUUUUAUUUAUACAUUACUUACUUAUACGUUACAUACUCACUUAUACAUUGUAUUCAUCUACCCACACAUGUAAAGCUUUCCUUCUUUAAGAACGGUUAGGUGGUAGAUAACUCAAUUGUUGAGUUAAGCUCGCCAUUUUUUACAUCUUACAAUUUUGUAUUACCGCUUAUUUAAAUUACUGUCUCUUAAUAAACGAAUCGAAGUUUUUUUUUUUUUGGAAAAAGAAAAUGAAAAAUUUGUACGUACACAAAAUAUAGUUUUAUUGAUAUAUUCAUGUUUAAUAAAUUGUAUACAUAACAUCAUCAAAUAUUAUAUUAUUAUAAACAUAUACAUUUCGUUAUACGUUACUUAAUCAAACACAAAUACAAUAUGAGAUGUAAUCCCCGUUAAUUACUAGAUUUCAUUAAUUAAAAUUAAAAAGAAAAACCAACUUUUAGUCUCAGCGCGGAGUUUAAAUUGGCAUACAAGUUGAACACCUAUUUAAACGCAUCAAUUGCACGAAGCUCAUCGCGAUGAACAUCCAGUUUUAUUUACAAUUCGUUAUAAAAAGCGAGAUGUACAUAAAAAAAAAACAAGUAAGAAAUCCAUUAGGCCUAUUUACAAGUGGAAUAAAGUUGGAAUGCUUUACUGUAGUUAUACAAUUUAGCUCUGCGAUCAGUUAAAAACAUAUUGUACACGUUUAAAAACUUAUUUAGGAACAUCGAUUCCUUUAUAUAUAUAAUUUUUUUUUUAUACGACAUUAAAAUAUCGUUAUAUAAUUUCUAUAAAAUAAAUAAAUAUUAUUAUUAUUAUAUUAAGCGAUAAAGAAUAAAUAAAAUUUAAUAAUUGCA